GCAGCACCAAGGGGUGGUCUAUCUAUCUCCCAGUCUGAGUAAGGACCCUAACUUAAUUUGCAUCUUUGGUCCCCCUCAAACUCUUCCCCCCUAUCCCUCUCUGCCCUUUGCCGGCUUGGCCCCAAGUUCCCACUGACCUCAAGGACCUCCGGAUAAAGUUACGCAAAGGCUCCCAUUGACUGUAAGGGAGGAAGGCGGGUCUGAGCUCCAGUCCCGUCUGGGCCGAGGGGAGUUUCCAAACUUUGCAGCCAGCCAAGCUCGGGUUCCCCUUCCAGAUCCCUCGUUUCCUCCCUCACCCAUCCCGGAGCUCCAGUUUGCUGCCUGCCUGCCCUGUGGGCUUGCCUUGCCUGCCAAGUGAGGGAAGAAAGGAGGAGGAAGAGGAGGGACGAGCUUUCGCCGCCCUGGGAUGGGGGCAAUCCCUGCUGCAGCGCCAGGUCCCAGGAGGGCGAGCUUUCCCAUUCCGCCACGCAGGGGGCUCUGAGCACCCUCCACAGCAGGGGCCCAGCGCGGCCAGGCAGGAUGCCCAAGGAGAAGCCGCUGUGGAGGCGCUGUGCCUUCCGCCUGUGUCUGCUCUCCGCCGCGCUCCUCUUCUGCCUGCAGCUCACCCUGGAACUGAGGCGCUCCUGGUCCUCAAGGGACAGUGAGGGGCAGGCCGGACGGCCCUCCACUAGCUCUCCGCAGGGCUGGGCGGAUGCCACUGCGCUUCAGCUGCUGUUGCCAGGAGUGCACCCUCCUCCUGGGAUGCACCUGCCACCAGGACACUCCCGGUCCCCAGCUGCCAGCAGGAGGCAGGUGACCUACGUGAGGAGUGGCCGCAGGGGGGAGGCGGAGCUGGGCUGCUGCCCCCCAGGAGAGAGCAGCCACAGAAAGUUACGUUGGCAUAUUGAUCUCCAGCCUUGGGCAAGUCCUUCUCAGUCCCUGAAUGAAGAAGCCAUGAGGUUCUUGAAAUAUAUCAGCACCACCCAGAUUUCAUGCAACCACUUGGUCCCAGGUGGCCUGAUAAGUGACUCUGGAAGUACAAAGAAGCCCUGGCCCAUCUGUCUUGAUGAUAAGUUCAGCUUGGCUCAUCAAAUCCAAAACAAGCGAUGCCGCCUUUACUCUUUGGGACUGGGAAAUGAAGACACUCAUUUUGAAUUAAACAUGGCCAGUGAUGGAUGUGAAGUGCACCGUUUUGAUCCUAGUAUUAAAUCAGCUCAUGUCCAGGAGAGUCAACACCUUUGGUUUCAUCGCCUAUCCAUUGACUGGAGGGAUCCUCAUCCAGCUAUUGCUGUCCAGAAACUGCACAGUAAUACAAAAAAACUGGGAACCAUUUUGAAUGAAUUUGGACACAACAAGAUUGAUGUCCUCAAGGCUGACCUGGAAAGUGCCGAAUGGAAAAUUUUGGAAAAUCUGAUCCUGGAAGGUGUUCUUGAACAGAUUGGACAGCUAGUGUUUGAGAUCCACCUCCACUGGCCUGGGUUUGAGAUCAGUGGCAAUGACAGCACUGUGGUACGCUUUUGGUACAGUCUUCUCAAAGAGUUAGAACUGAAGGAUUUCAAGCUCUUCCACACUUACAAAGACUUAUCCAAACCACAGCUCUUCCUAAAGAAAGAACUUUUCAAUGCGAGUAGCUGUUAUAUUCUCAGCUGGGUGAACAUGAGAUGGAAAUGAAUGCGAAGGAACUUCAUGAGCAUAAAUGAGUUGUUUAUUGUAAAAUUUGAAGCAAACAUUUAGAUAAUUACUGAGAUGUCUAGGACCUAUGAGAGGCAGACACAUGGUGUAGAGCAGAGGUGUCAAAUACAGCCCACAAUACUCACUAGUGAAGCCUGAACCAGAUUAAAAUGUGGGAAAGACUUCACAAAAUAAAAUAAAAUAUAGACAGUAUGACAUUUUAAAACUAAGUCAAUAUGUGACCUUAUGUGUAGUUUGGUAGCCCCCAUUUCUCUUUGAAUUAGACACAGAUAGUAUAGUGGAUAAAAUGCUGAAUUUAGCGUUAGGAUGAUGUAGAUUUAAAUCAUGCCUUUGAUCUACGACCAUAGGUAAGUCAUUCUUCCUGAGACUGUUUUUUGUUUGGGGGCUUUUUUUAAUCUCUAAAAUGGGAAGAAGAAUGCCUACCUCAUGGGGCUUAAAUGUCAGGCACUUUAAAAUUCUAGAAGUGCUGUACAAGUGUUAAAUGAUAAUUGCCAAGAGGCAGCAUGUAAUAAUGGGUAGAGAGUUGGCACAGGAGGCAGGAAAACCUGGUUCAAAUCCUGCUUCUGCCACAUACUGGCCAUGUAACUCUGGGCAAUUCAUUUAACCUCUUCGGUGACUAAUACAGGUAAGGACCCGUAUUAGCAGAGAAAAUUUUCUCACUUAGGAGUUCCCUCAAACAAUGAAAUCACAGAUUUGUGAUUUCCAUAUUAUUAUUAUCAUGAGAAUAACCAUACCAAGUUGGACCCAUUGUUAGUAGUUGACAAACUUGUAUUUGAAUGAAAGGCAUCAUGGGAUGUGUUGUGAAGGGCCCUGGUGGACCUCCUUAGCAUCCACUUCAGAGGUUUAGAUAUAAUCUCCCCCUGUACACAGAUUUUUCCUGAAUAACUCAUACCUAGAUCUAUCCCUCCAAUGUAUCGAAUCUCUUUUGAAUCUUACUAUAUUUUCAGCCUAUGCAUUCACAGCUCUGUGAAUGCUUCCUUAUCCAGAUUAAAAUUUUGCCCCUGUGUUUCCACUGUCCAUAUCCUUAAUGAUAUAGAUUGUGUCCUUUUCUCCUUCCCUGUUUUGACUCAUGCUGUGAUUUUUUCCUACAUUCCUAGGAUGGAGUAUGUUUGGGGAUUAAAUAAUGCCCAAAUAUUGAAUAAACAUUAAAAAAUGUUUCAAUCUUUAUUUUAUUCCAGUUACAAAUUUACACAUAAGUUUUCCAAGUUUACAUGAUUCAUGUACUUUCCCUCUCCUUUUGACAAGCAAUUCCACUGGGUUAUGCAUGUAUUAUCACUCAAAAUAUAUUUCUAUAUUUUGAAUAAACAUUUUAUUCCAUGCCUUAAGAAGGGUAGUGUAACAUGCUUAGGCUAUUAAGAACUAUCAGUUCUGAUAGAUUCCUUCUCAUUCUCUCAUCGUCAUCAUCAUCACUAUCUUAAUCAAUGAUAUUAUUAAAGCUUUAAUAUAGGUAUUGCCCAAGGGGCUUGAAAUACACUAUUUCAGGGGCAGCUGGGUGACUCUGUGAAUAGAGAACCAGGCCUGGAGACAGGAGGUCCUGGGUUCAAAUAUGGCCUCAGAUACUUCCCAACUGUGUGACCCUGGGCAAGUCACUUGACCCCCAUUGCCUAGCCCUUACCACUCUUCUGCCUUGCAACCAAUAUUUAGUAUUGAUUCUAAGACAGAAGAAAAUUUUUUACAAAAAUAUUAUCUCAUUUUAAUCUUAAAAGUGGGGUUCUCCCUCAUUUUCCUGCAAAGGACAGUUUCAGAGAUGCUAAAUGACUUACUGUGGGGCACACAGUAGGAAGUAUUGAGGCAAAAUUCAAAGCCAGGUAUUUCUCCCCAUUUCCAGUGUUUUGACAAAUAUUCCAACUACCUGUCAUGGAACUCCUUCCAUUCUCAUAAAACCAAACACAAAGCUCAAUUCAGUUGUCAGUCAACCCACAAGCAUUUACUGAGUGUCUAUGUGGUGUUAGGAACUAUGCUAGGGACUCUGCACAAAGGAAAAUGAAACAGUCUCUGCCCUUAUAUUCUCUCAGGAGAAAAAUAAAAAUAGAUUCAGAUCAUAUAUAAGUAUGGAAAUAUAUAUAUGUAUGUAUGUAUAUAUUUGCUCACACAAAAUAAUUAUUGCAUCUUCCCUUAAAAUUAAAUGGAAUUUCCUUUUCACAGAGCUCUACCUUCAAACUGUUUCCUAAAACUCUUCUUGGUAGUGUUGCUUUAUCUCUCUUACCAACCAACAUCAUUUCAAUGAGGUCUUCUUUGCAGUUUCAUACCCUGCCCCCCUCUGUGGGGUGUUAACACAAAAUUUCAUUAGCAUCAGCACUGUGGUUUCUUUUUUUAGAGAAAUCAAUUCUGUUAGAUGACAAGGGAAGGCUUUUGUGAUAUAGUAGGAAGGACAUGACCCCCACAUUACAAGGACCUCAAUUCGAAUCCUAAAUCUGAUGCUUGUUACCUUGGUGAUUUUAGAGAAGUGAUUUUACCUCUUUGGGUUGUUCUAGAUGCUCCUCAGAACUCAGUACAAGUGCCUAGCAUAGGACGAGCAUUUAAUAAAUGCUAGUUAAUUAACUGUAGGAAGUCUUUUCCUCUUUAGAUCUAGGAUCAAAAGUUUGUUUACAAAAUCUUUCAUUUGCUUGUCUUGCUCAUUUUCAAGAGCCUAUUUUAUUUAUUUUUUAAAACUCCUUUCUUCUUUCUUAGUAUCAAUCCGGAGACAAGAGAAGCAAGGGCUAGGCAAUUGGGGUUAAGUGACUUGCCCUGGGUCACACAGGUAGGAAGUGUCAGGUUUGAACCCAGGACCUCCCAACUCCAGGUCUGGUGCUCGAUCCACUGUGCUACCUAGCUGCUCCUAAAUAAGAUAUUUUAAAUAAACCCUCUAAGUAGUAUGUGUGUCAUGCUCUGCAUUAUGAUCUUUUUUUUUUAAAUGCCCUUGAAAAGUACCUUUUCUGGAAGGUUUUUAUUCAUGUUGAGGUACCACCCCAUGCUGAUCUUUUGAAAAUACUGGUCUUUUGUGAAUUUCUGCUUUUUUUGAUUAUUUGUAUUGAAUAUUGUCCACUUUCCUUGCUUUGGAGUAAAGAUUAUAGGAUCAUAGGAUUUAGAACUAUAAGAAAUCUUAGAGAUAGAUCAUCUAAUCCAACUGGCUCAUUUUAAGGAUGAGCAAGCUAAAGCCUAGAGAAAUUAAGUUCCAUAAGUGCCCAAAGUCACACAGGAAUUCAGGGGGAGUAUUUGGAUCAGAACUCAGAUUCUCUGACUCCAAUUCUAAUGUUUUUUCUAUUAGACGAGCAGUUUAUAGCCUGAGGUCCAUGACCUUACAGAGUUGUUUUAAGGUUAAAAUGAGAGAAUAUUUUUGUAAAACUCUUCUCUCCUAGAAUAAAUACUAAAUAUUGGUUCCAAGGCAGAAGAGUGGUAAGGGUUAGAUAACUGAGAUUAAAAUAAUAUUUUAAAUUCAAUUAAUAAAGAUAUGAUCUUAAGUUUUAAGUACUAAUAAUUCAACUUACAAUCAAUUAUAUAUUAGACAAAUAUGUUGCCAUUUAAGCUUUCACUGGAUGCCUCAGAGAACAACUUAUCCAAUCAUCCAAUUUUAGUCUCCUUGGGUGAGAAUGCUAGUUGUGUAUGUUCUAUUUGGGGGGAUGUUGGACUUGAAGAAUAAUACAUUAUCUAAAGUGAUAGUAAUCGUGAAGUUUUGUUAACUGAAACAUUUUAUAAUUCUAUGUAUUUUAUUUCAUUCAUUUAAAAACAUCCAAGGGGUACAUAGUUUUCACCAGACUACUGCAGGGCUCCAUGACACCAAAAAGAUUAAGUACCCCUCACUCAUUAUAUGUUCUACUCUCUCUCCACUUUCCCCAGACUAUUUUUGGGAGAAUUAGUUUAAUAAUUUCUAUAGCUAUUGUUAUCAUUAGGCUAGGAUAUGAUAUAACAUGAUGAUGCUGAUGAUGCAAUAGCUAACAUUUAUAUAACAUUAGUGCUUUACAAAUAUUAAAUGAUCCUUGCAACAACUCUGAGAGGUAGGUGCUAUUAUCUCACUUUUAUUGUUAAGGAAAGGCAGAGGCUAAGUGACUUUUGCAGGAUCACAUAGCUAGAAAGUGUCUGAAGUUAAAUUUGAACUCAGGUCUUCCUUUUUCCAGGAAAAAGAAUGAAUAUGGGUCAGAACAGUAAAAUCUCUCUAAAUGGAGACUUAAGUUGGGGGUGGGAGGAGCAAGAAGAUAUGUAAAUUAAUGAAAAGUAUUACAUUAAAAAUAUAUGAAAAAGUAAGCUAAAUUUUAUGACUUUCAAAGAUAUAUAGUAACUCUAGGAGAGAGCUAUGUUGGGGUCAGAAUCUACUUUCAAGAGCUGGGCAUGGGAAGGAUGAUAGCAGCCACAGUGAAAGAUUCGACAGAACGUUCAGUCCAAAAAGGUAAGAAGAGAACCGUAAGUGCUUUGGGACCUCAACAACCUGCUUUAAUGAAUAAAUCAGAAUGGUUUCCAUUAGCAUAGCAAUUACUUUCAUGUUUCUAAAAAUGCUCAGGAGUCUUGGGAAACAGUUUCUUCUCAAAAGCAGCUUACACUGUUAAUUUGAACUUUCUUUGAAGAGAGGUCUAUAAAGUUACGGUUAAACUUUGGGCCAGUUCCCCUCUUAGAGCUAGAUCACUUAGUCUGAAUGAUUAGAACUCAUGGAAGACUAAAAACAAAUGCAGCACAAUAUAAUAGUAUUCAGUGCCUCUGUGCACCUAUGAUCUCAAAGGCUCUAAAUUCUACAGUCUUAGGCUCCAAAUGGGGUCUCGAUUUACUGAUAGUUUAGAUUUAAGAAAAAUAAUGGAGAAAAGUGUAAUAAUGUAACAACCACAGCUGGUUGUUAAAUAUAUCAGAACGUCCCUGCAAGUUAUUUGUAAAAGUGUCUGCUAGUACCUUUGUUGAUGAUUUUAUAUUUGUGUAACUUCUGUUACUAUUCCACCAAACACUAUACAAUACAAUAAACAUUUAUCAAGCAUC